GAUCGACUUCACGUACAUCUAGUCUAGGUAACGGUGCAACGGUCUAUAAACGAAGCAGAAGGAUCUGCACCAUCAGACCGCCCACACAGGACUACUCCGUAAGUGUGAAGCCAUGUCGUCCGGCAGGAACACACCAAAGCCCACAGCUGGACUACCACAGACAUCGGAACGCACGACACCGGCACAACAGCCGGCACCGGGAGACCGUCAGCCGGAAACGAAUGCGGCGGGGAAACAACGCGAUGCUGUCCCGAUGUGUACACAAGGCGGUGGUGGCAGUGACGCGCAAGGCUCGGCAACAGGUGGACCCUGCAAAUGUAACUGUAAUUACGAUGGGCUGCACUCGGAACUUGAUAAGUUGAAAAGGGAAGUUGAAGAGAUGAAGAAACUUUACAAGGAACUAUUCGAGAGUUUGGCACGGAAGGAUAAGGAUGUCAACGCUAUUUUGAAGAAGAGCAGUGCGGCAAAGUAAUGUUCAACGCUAAUUAUGCUGACGACAAGUGUUACACCCGGACAUGGAGAAUUUGAUGGUGAUUCUUAAGCUUGCUCGGACUCAACCUGGUCAAUUGUUUGUGGGAUUAGUUUGUUCAUGACACUGAGCCACUAUGGUUUAUUUCUUCUUCCUCCGCACUUGCACUUUUGUUGAACUAUUUGGUUUCUCAGCCCUAUGUGGUGUAAACCUAUGUAGUGAUGUAAUAAUGGUGAUUCCCUUUUGGUAAUAUUGCCGAUGUUGUAUCAGGAACUAUGCUUAUGCUUUUUUGAAAAAAUAUGUGUUAUUUCAUUCUU